CAGGUGCCACUCUCAACAUGCGUCCAGCUCCGCUGCCCCUGGAGGAGAUGGAGUGGAGGCAAACCCCCCCGCCCCUCACCACCACUCCAGGAACCUUCCGGCUGCGUCGGGGAAGCCGCUUCACCUGGAGGAAAGAGUGCCUGGCGGUGAUGGAGAGCUACUUCAAUGACAACCAGUACCCGGACGAGGCCAAGAGGGAGGAGAUCGCCAACGCCUGCAAUGCUGUCAUCCAGAAACCAGGGAAGAAGCUGUCUGAUCUGGAGCGGGUCACCUCCCUGAAAGUUUACAACUGGUUCGCUAAUCGCCGCAAGGAGAUCAAGCGCCGGGCCAACAUUGAAGCCACAAUCCUGGAGAGCCACGGGAUCGACGUCCAGAGUCCGGGCGGUCACUCCAACAGCGACGACGUGGACGGCAACGACUUCUCCGAGCAGGCCUGUGACCUUCAGUACUUCGACAAGAGACCUCUCAGCCGACCGUUUGGCCUUUACCGCCUGGAGCCCACCUCACCCACACAGGACGACAACGCAGCACAGAGCGAGCACCAGGACCCCAUCUCUCUGGCCGUGGAGAUGGCCGCCGUCAACCACACCAUCCUGGCCCUGUCCAGAACCGGGGGCGUGGCCAACGACAUCAAGACGGAGUCCCUGGAGGACGAAUGAACUGCACAGGGACGGAGCGAGGGAACGUCGGGGGGGUAAAAAAAUAAAACAAAAGGAGACCAAAAUAAUGCUACUUAGUAAAACCUCCAGAAACUAUCUACCCCCCCCUCCCUCCUCCUUUCCCUUCCCACCUGAACUCCUCCUCCUCUCUCCUCCCCUCAGCGUAGUUGUUCUUCAAAAGGAUACCUCUUCUCUCCUCCUGUCCGACCUGGACGUCUGAGCCGAUCCUCAGUCUAUCUCACCUCAACGUCAACCUCAGAAACUAGCGUGUACUGUGUAUAUGAUGAUAUAUGGUUCUCACGGUCACCUCGCGGCGUGCUACCUGGCUACCUACCUACCCAUAGACAUAUAAACGUAAACGCCGCAUCGAGUGUUCUUGCCCGCUGCUGCGAUACGUCAACAUCGCCGCCAUAUUGGAUGUAGCGAGACUGCGCUGCAAACUAAUACAAGUAAAUUGACUUAUUUUCAUAAAGCGACUUUCUACAAAGAAAUG